AUGUCCAUUGCGUAUCCGGCAGUCAACAUUUCCUAUUGUGUUAGGUGCAAGUGGAUGCUCCGUGCCGCAUGGUACCAACAGGAGAUUCUGCAGACAUUCUCCUCGAAGGCCAUCGACGAGAAUGAAACCACGCUAACAGUGAACUGCGCCAUGCUGUCUCCUUCGCUGGUUGCCGGGACGUUUCAAGUGGCGGUGAAAAGAGACGAGAACGCGGAUUGGGUCGUAAUCUGGGACAGGAAACAGGAGGAUGGGUUCCCAGACUCCAAGCUCCUCAAGCAACGCAUCAGAGAUCAUCUUUAUCCCGAGCUUAAGCUCAGUCACAUAGACAAACCAAACAAACAUGGAGGCAAACUCGUCACUGGACAGUCGCCCGAGCCCAGCCGCGACGACACGUGCGUCGAUUGCAAGACUUGGGAGUAUUGA